AACGCUGCUGCUGCUGCUGCUGCUGGUGGAACCGACGGUUGGAUUAAACAUGGCGGAGCGGAAAGUGAACUCUCAGCUCAGAGUUUCACCACAAACUCCACAUCCCGAGAAUAAAGCGGCUCAGAAACGCGGAGCAGAUUUAAUAUUGAAGUUGUUCUCUGCUGCUCUGUACGGAAUCAGUUCGUUUCUCAUCGUGGUUCUGAAUAAAAGCGUUCUGACCAACUACAGGUUCCCAUCGUCGUUAUGUGUGGGGAUCGGCCAGAUGUUGGCGACGGUGGUGGUGCUGUGGGCGGGGAAAACUCUGAGAUUUAUCCACUUCCCCAGUUUGGACAGAAGUAUCCCUCAGAAGACGUUUCCACUUCCCCUGCUGUACGUGGGGAACCAGCUGACGGGACUAGUGGGGACCAAACAGCUCAAUUUGCCGAUGUUCACCGUGCUCAGGAGGUUCUCCAUCUUAUUCACCAUGCUGGCUGAAAGCUUCCUGCUCAAGAAGUCGUUUGAGUGGAGCAUCCAGCUGACCGUGUUCACCAUGAUCUUAGGAGCGUUUAUCGCUGCCAGUACAGACUUGACCUUCGACCUUCAAGGCUACGCGUCCAUCACGCUGAACAACGUCUUAACGGCGGCUAACGGGGCGUACAUGAAGCGCAAGCUCGACUCCAAGGAGCUGGGGAAGUACGGCCUGCUCUACUAUAACGCGUUAUUCAUGAUCAUUCCAACUCUGGCUCUGGCGUAUUACACUGGAGAUCUUCACCAGGCCGUGAGUUUUGAUGGCUGGACUGAUGUAUCUUUUUUCAUCCAGUUUAUCCUGUCCUGUGUAAUGGGGUUUAUCCUCAUGUACUCUAUCGUGUUGUGUACACACUACAACUCCGCCCUGACCACCUCCAUCAUCGGCUGUGUGAAGAACAUCUUGGUGGCGUAUGUGGGGAUGGUGUUUGGUGGUGAUUACAUCUUCAACUGGCUGAACUUCAUGGGACUGAAUAUCAGCAUCGCCGGGAGCCUCGUCUACUCCUACAUCACCUUCACCCAGGAGAGUACCAAGAGUCAGUAGUGUGGCGAGGAUGAACGAGUUCCAAGUCUGCUGCAGAAGGUGGAUUUCCUGCAUGGAGAGGCCUGUACUGUACAGUGGGUUUUGCUCAAGGUUCUUACAGGACUGGGAGUACUGGAUUACUGUCCACACACGGCAGUUUACAUCCUGGUAUUUUACCAGUUUAAACAACGAACGUUAUUUACCAUCCAGCCCGGACUGUUUACAUCAGCUGUAUAGUUUUAAACACGUGUUCCUAUUCAGCUAUAAACAACAGAAAGUGAAGAAUUAUAAUCUUUUACUGUAUCACACUUAUUAAUCUUUUAUAAAUAUAACAAAUAAUUCUGAAUCUGAUCCCUGAAACACUUUCCAAAAAUGUUUGAUGAUGCAAAUUAACUUUAUAUUUUAAAUAUAUAACAAAUAAAAACGGCUCAGUGGUUUAUUAACAUGGAAGAGUGGAUGUUAGUCCAAGUUCAGACUCGUCUACACAGAGCAGAAGCUAAACAUCAACAACGUCCAGAAGCGCCACUGUCCUCUCAGGGAUCAGACUCAUGUGAGAUGGACUGAUCCAGAGAGGAGACGUGUGUGCUGUGGGUCUACAGCUCCGAUCAGCGUGUUAAUAAUCACAUCAGAUCAGAAGGACGUGAUUCUCAUCCAGCUCUCCCAGCACUCGGUGGUCAGGAUUCACCAUCCACUGGAGACCAGCAGAUAAUCAGCUCAUUCUUCUUCUCCAGUGACAGGAGGAACGUUGUGCUUGUCCUCAGGAAAUGAAAGAGUGAAUUUACUUCAAGUUAAUCAUUUUAUAAUUAAAUUUUCAAUCUUAAA